CCCCUCCACCACCUCCCACUCUACCAAUACCACUGUGACCGCCGCCAUCCCCCCACCCUCCUCCUCCGACUCUGGCGCCUUCCUCUCUCCCACCUUCCCCCCUCAUCAUCAUCAUGACUCCACUCGCGGCCGCCUCACUCUCUCGCCGUAUUCCUCUUCCUCUCGGGGCUCGAACAACGACUCAUUCAUCGAGGAGACGAAGCAUGAGAUGAUUGAAUUGAAGCGAGGAAGUAGCUCUAAUGGAGUCGAGGACGAAGAGGAGGAGGUGGGUAGUGGAGAGAUAGGGAGGAGAAGGAGGAGAACAAAGGGUUUAAUGGAGAAGCUAGUGGUUUUGGAUUCAAAUGAGUCUUUGUUUUGUGUGGUGCUUCAGAUUGGUUGGAGGAUAACAGUGAGUUUGUUAUUGGCUUUGCUUGUUUUCUUCUUGGCUACCAAUCCUCCUAAGCCUGAGUUAUCCUUCAAGAUUGUUAAUGUUAGGCACUUCAGCCUUGGGGAAGGAUUGGAUGAGACUGGAGUUCCUACCAAAGUGCUUUCCUUUAACUGCUCAGUGGACAUGGAGAUUGUUAACAAAUCUAAGUUCUUUGGUUUGCUCAUCUAUCCUCCAUUGUUGGAGAUGGAUUUUGGCAGUCUAAAAUUUGCCAGCUCGCAGAGCCAAGCAGCUUAUGUUGAAAGCACAAGCUCUUCAAUAAGGCAACUCUUCAUUGGCCUGAAGAACAAGCCGAUGUACGGUGCAGGGAGGAGCAUGGAAGACUUGCUUGAAUCAGAGCAAGGUUUAUCACUAAUGGUUCAAAUUCAAACGCGAUCAUCAUAUCGAGUUGUUUGGGGUUUGAUAAAGAUCAAACACAAUCAUUUUGAAAAUUGCGUU